AUGAAUUAAGACACCACCAAUGUGAUUUUAGUAGUGAUUACUAACAAAGCGAAUAAGACUCUUGGACAUGACAAGUAUUUCAAAGUGUUCAGUCAAUUCGGCACAAUACAGAGGGUAAGGAUGCUAUCACCAUAUAUAGAUGCUCAUUUUCGAAAGAUCAUUGACAUGGAAGACAUUUAUAGAAUUUGAUAAUCCUGAAUCUGCGAUUAAGGCAAGAUAAACUAUGAAUGACAAACCUUUUUGUGAUGAUGCAUAAUUAAUGAUGAAUGUAUAUGCAAGUAAGUUGACAUACAUCACAUUUUAAGAGAAUAAUACUGGGGGUGUUGGUAUUAUCAUAUAUUAACUUAGAUUACACUUUGUUACGUAAGUAAUAACAACCUGCUCAAAAACCACCCCAAUAAGCUAUUCCAAUCUAAUUUCUUUAAUCUCAAAUGUAAUUUCAGCAUCAAAUGUCUUAAUAGAUACAAUAAAUUAAUUCUUUGAUGGGUUAACUUUAGUAGGUGAGUGCUGAAGGGUUCUAAACAACAAUGAUUUCUUCAUCUGACUUAUAGUCAUAGAUUGAAAAGUAGCAGUCAUUGUUGAAUCAAAUUUAUGAAUGCCAAGCGAAUUUCCAACACUUAACAGAUCAAUAUCAAAAUUUCUUAUAAGACGUUAACAAAUAAGAGGAGACCUAAGCAACCACUGUGCAAUAGAAGUAAUCAAAUCGAAAGAAGCUGACUUUGCCAGCAGAUUAGAAGAAGAAAACUGAUUAAAUAGAAUUUAUACAGAGUUAUCGAGAUAACAAUACAGAAAGCUUAUUUAAUAGUUAGGAGUAGAAGAUUGAGGAUGACGAUUUAAAUUUCUAAGGUCUGGGUUUAAGAGAAUCAGAUGAUGAAAUUGUGGGGUCUGAACAUUGCGAUGAUGAUGAUGAAGAAGAUGAAGAAUAAAAUGAAUUCCUAAAAUAUUUUGAUCAGAACUCAGACAACAGAUAAAUCAAUAAUUUCUAAAAUGCUUUUCAAAAUAAUGAUAAACCCUAAUAACAAUUCUAAUCAUAAUAAUUAUAACAAUCAAAUCUGUCUUAAAACUCCUCUUAGCCCACUUCAUCUUCCAAUUUGGAUUAAUUCAAAAAUAAAAUUAUCAGAAUGCCUGUAUCCAAGAGUCAGACUUUACAAUAAGUAGAAAAGUAAUAAUUGGAUAAAAUGCAAUAAAGUGCUGACAAAAUAGAAGAAUACAUAAAUCCUAAGUUUUUACAAUGUAUACUAAUUGUAAUAUGUAAUAGCUGUGCGAAAAUCCAGAGUAAUCUAUGCAAGAUGGUUUGACAAAAAAGUCGUGACUUCUCAAAUGCUCUAUAACUUAUUUAGUAUUUAUGGCAACAUCGAUAAAAUGAUCUACCUAAAGGAGAGAUCUAGUGCUCUCAUCUAAUAUGUUACUCAAGAUCAUGCUGCUAUUGCUAAAGAAUCUCUAAACGAUAUCAUGUUUUAUGGACAAUCUAUUAAAGUAACGAUAUUCUUCAUUAUUACUAGAUCUUUUUUUCGAACUAUGAAGAAAUUUCACUCAAGACUUAACCAACUAAACCUGGAGAAUUCACUCAGGAUGUCAAAACCCAAGAAGAGUAUUUUUAGGGAGGAGAAGAAACCCAUAGAAUCAAACCUGAUAGCACUUACACUUUAGCCCCACCUUGUGAUACUAUAUAGGUGUCAAACUUGACAAAAAAUUCAUGUCAAGUUGCAGUCUUAUAGCAAUACCUUUAAGAUUAUGGUCAAAUAAAAUAAUACAAAUUAGUCACGAAUGCUACCAAGUACAUGGCCAUUCUCAAGUACCCAAGCACAGAAGUGGCUAUAACUGUUUUGGCUAAUAAUAAUGGAUUGGAAUUGGAUGGUAAAUAAAUUUAAAUAAAUUUCUCAAAACAAAAACUCAUAUGA